AUGGCUCACAGAAGACUAAGUGAUCCAGAAUAUAGAAACUGGGUUACUGUUGGUCGAGCAAUCCAGAUUACCCGGAACGGCUUAGAAACCAUAAUUCAAAAUGCUGCUGACAAGUACCACACAUCACUGCUUGCAAAUUGGCCAAAUAAUGUACCUGCGUGGGAAUCUCGCUUGAAGACUGCCCACCGAUCACGUGAUAAAAGAAAAAUAUCCUGGAGCAACAGUGACAACACUCAGUGGUUGGCCGUUGGUGCCUCAUGGGAGAUUGCUAAGAUUUUCAUGGCUCCCUUGGGACCGAGAAAGCUUGAUGUAGUCAACGCCAAAACUACUGAUAUAUCGCAACUGUUGAAUGUAUUAGAAUGGUCUCCGAGACUGACAAAUGGUAUGUUCAACACAGGUGUCGAUCUCUCGAAAAUAGCAGAUGCAAGAAGUACUAGGAAUCUCACUUGGACGAUUCUACCAACAGCCGACUGGAAAAGCUAG